AUGUUUCAAACCAAACCGAAACCAAUACCACCACGAUACUCCACCGCUUUACCUAAACCAAACCCAAGUGUUCAGUUUCAAUCAAGUACUGAUUCACUACACGAAGAUGUAACAACCCCCAUCGAAUUUUCGAAAAUUACCGAAUAUAUCCCCACCCCCUCGCAGCUAGCCGCUCGUCAGGUUAUGUCACGGGAUUUGCCUCAGUUUUCGGGCAACCCUGCCGAUUGGCCUGUGUUCAUAAGCAGCUUUACAAAUUCGACGCUUGCUUGUGGAUACAGCAGUGCUGAAAAUUUAUGUCGUCUCCAACGCAGCCUCAAAGGUGCUGCCUAUGAAUCGGUACAAAGCCGCCUUCUUCUUCCGGAGUCAGUUCCGCACGUAUUAGAUACCUUGUAUUUGCUCUAUGGAAGACCAGAGCUGCUUAUACAGGCGCUACUGGAGAAAGUUCGUUCCGUGCCCGUGCCGAAAGCCGAUAGACUAGAAACGCUAAUCGAUUUCGGGAUGGCAGUGCAAAGCCUCUGUGAUCAUCUUGAAGCUGCAGGGCAACUCGCGCAUUUGUCUAACCCAACACUCUUGAUGGAAUUGGUUGGAAAACUUCCCGCUCAUAUAAAGAUGGAGUGGGGUAAUUUUUUGCGAAACGUUUCGGAAGUUAAUUUGAAAACUUUCGGAGACUUCAUGUCAAACAUCGUGAUAUCUGCGAGUAAAGUGACAAUGUAUGAACGAAGAAAUAUCAAGAGUGAGUCCGGAGAAAAAUUAAAACCAAAAUAUCGCGGAACUUUCAACGCACACUCAGACAUAACAGAGGAGGUGCGUGACAAGGAAAGAUUGUGCUACGUAUGUAAGAAAACUGGACAUCGUGUGCACGAUUGCAAAACAUUCAAAGCGUUAUCUGUCGAUGAACGUUGGAACUACAUUAAUGCCAAGAGACUGUGUCGGAACUGUUUGUGUGACCAUGGCAGGAGGAGCUGCAGGCGUUCGAGUUACUGUGGGACGAAUGGAUGUCAAUACCGCCAUCAUCCUUUGCUUCACACUAUGAGAUCCAAUAAUGCACUGAGCCGCCCGCCGUACAUAUCUUCUGGUGAAAACUACACACAUCGACAAGUAGAGCAAUCGCUGUUUUUCCGUAUCAUACCGGUGACUCUCUUCGGGCCACGCAUAGUGGUUAAUACGUUCGCAUUUCUUGAUGACGGCUCGUCAAUGACAUUGAUUGAGGAGACUUUGGUGAAUCAACUUGGUGUGCACGGUGACAAGCGACCGCUGUGCCUAAUGUGGACGGGUAACGUAACUAGAAUGGAAACAACAUCACAGCAAGUGUCUCUAUCAAUUUCCGCGGUUGGCGGACAGAGUAUGUAUCCUCUAGAUGAUGUACGCUCAGUUAAGGAACUUUCACUUCCGAAACAAACUCUGUCGUACGAAAAAUUAGUGGCAAAAUACCAACACCUACGAGGGCUUCCCGUAGCUAGCUAUGUAAAUGCUACGCCUCGGUUGCUUAUUGGUGUGAACAAUUUGAAUUUGAUCGUUCCCUUAAAGGUGAAGGAAGGAAGCUGUCGUGAGCCGGUUGCUGCGAAAACUAGAUUGGGAUGGUGCGUUUAUGGCGGCCAUGACGGACAAAACACGAAGCAAUCGCUGAACUGCCAUUCCUGUAGUUGCACUAACGACGAUGAACUACACAAAAUAGUAAAGGAUUACUUCACACUUGAAGAUGUUGCCGUUCAAUCUACAAUAACUCUGCUAUCCGCGGUAGAGAAGCGGGCUCAACAAAUUUUGGAGAAAACAACGGUCCGAGUUGGGAGCCGCUUUGAAACGGGGCUGUUGUGGAAGUACGAUCGGGUACAGUUCCCUGACAGCUAUUCCAUGGCACUGCGCAGGCUGCAGUGUCUCGAGAAGCGAAUGGACCGGGAGCCUAAGUUACGGGAGAAUAUCGAAAGACAGCUGAUGGAAUACCAGGCGAAAGGAUAUGCACACCGCGCGACAGAAGCGGAACUGGUACUGGAGAACAAAGAUCGGAUCUGGUAUUUACCGCUCGGGGUAGUUAUAAACCCUAAAAAACCUGAAAAGGUUCGUUUAACAUGGGACGCAGCAGCGAAGGUGGGAGGUAUAUCACUAAAUACGCUCCUGUUGAAGGGACCAGACCAAUUGACCGUCUUACCAGCUGUUUUGUCGCGCUUUCGGCAGUUUAAAGUAGCGGUUUCAGCAGAUAUAAAGGAAAUGUUCCACCAGAUCGUAAUUCGUGCCGAAGAUCGGCAUUCGCAGAGGUUCCUGUGGCGGAAAGAUCCGUCGUGUCCCCCAGAAAUUUAUUUGAUGGAUGUGGCGACCUUCGGAUCAACAUGCUCCCCGGCGUCCGCACAAUUUGUCAAAAACAAGAAUGCGAAGGAGUUUCAAGAACAGUAUCCCCGAGCAGUGGAGGGAAUAAUAAAAAACCACUACGUAGACGAUUCGCUGGAAAGUUACGAAAGCAUAGAAGAGGCGAUCAGAGUCUCUGAGGAGAUGCGGUUAAUACAUGCCAAUGCUGGCUUUGAAUUAAGAAACUGGCUAUCCAACAGCACAGAAGUACUGCACCGUCUCGGUGAAAUAAAACCGUCGUCCAGUCAGGAUAUUAAGUCGAACAGAAAAGAAUUCCAGCGCGUACUGGGGAUGAUGUGGUGGACCAAUGAGGACAUUUUAUGUUUGUCCACAGUAGUACAAGAAGCUAUCCAGAAAUUAAUCGACGAGGGAGAGCGGCCAACCAAGAGACAACUGUUGAAAUGUCUAAUGGGUUUUUUUGAUCCACUGGGCCUGUGGAGCGCGCUGCUUGUGCAUGGGAAAAUUUUGCUGCAAGAUGUUUGGCGAAAAGGAACGCAGUGGGACGAGAAAGUCGACGAUGCUGAUUUUGAACGUUGGACUCUAUGGGCGAGCCUUUUCCAGGAUAUCGGAGAGAUACGCAUUCCCCGAUGCUAUUUUCGGAAUGCAACCGUUCGCCACUAUCAAAACCUCCAGUUGCAUAUAUUUGCAGACGCAAGCGAAGUAGCUUAUGCCGCUGCAGCCUAUUUUCGGAUCACAAACCCAGACGGUAUAGUCGAGUGCACACUGGUUGCCGCGAAGACGAAAGUGGCACCACUAAAACCUUUGUCAAUUCCUCGACUGGAGUUACGGGCCGCCGUGCUGGGAGUAAGGUUAAUGCAAUUUGUUGAACAGAGCCACAGCGUCAAGAUUCAACAGCGUUUUCUUUGGAGUGAUUCAACCACCGUUUUGUCCUGGCUGCGCGCCGAUCAUCGAAAGUACAAACAAUACGUGGCAUGUAGAGUAGGAGAGUUACUCGAGGCAUCCAACGUACGAGAGUGGCAUUGGGUGCCAACCAAACUAAACCCAGCUGAUAUGGCAACAAAGUGGGGGAAGGGUCCAUGCAAAAACAUAGCUGGCGCUUGGUUCAAUGGGCCGGAGUUUUUGAAAGGUUCCCCAAACGAAUGGCCUCGUGAGAAAACUAAAUUGUUACCCACGGAAGAAGAGUUGCGACCGUGUCACGUACACCGCCAUAUUUUCAUACCCGGAAUGGUGUUCGACCUACAGCGGUACUCACGUCUGUCACGCCUGAUUGGCUCAGCCGCAUACGUACAUCGCGUUUUCGACACCCGAAAACAAAUGUCGAUCGUGAAAAGACAGAACAGCAGCUAUUUGAGUUCGGAGGAGCUGCUUAAAGGGCAACGGACACUGAUUCGUUUAACGCAAUGGCAAGCGUUUCCAAACGAAAUGGUGCUUCUAACGCACAACCAACAGAACUCGACGGAUAAACAAUUACAGCUUGAAAAAUCAAGCAGCUUGUACAGGUUGUCGCCUAUGCUUGAUACCUUUGGAAUUUUGCGGAUGGAAGGGCGCAUAACAGCCGCCCCCAACGUGACAGAAAGCUCUAAGUUUCCAAUUAUACUCCCCAGAAAACAUAGAUUUACUUAUCUCAUGUUGGAUGAUUACCAUCGCAGAUUUCGCCAUUGCAACCACGAAACAGUCGUGAACGAGGUUCGUCAAAAAUACUACGUGCCGCAACUAAGAGUUGCCGUGAAGCAGGUCGCUAAAGUAUGCCAAUGGUGUAAAGUGUACAAAGUAAAACCCAGCAUCCCCCGAAUGGCACCGUUGCCAGCUGUACGUCUGGCUUCAUUUGAACGACCAUUUACGCAUACCGGUUUGGAUUUAUUCGGACCCUUAGUGGUGAAAAUUGGUAGGAGCAAUGCGAAACGUUGGAUUGCGGUGUUCACCUGCCUUACUAUACGAGCAGUUCAUGUUGAGGUGGUUCACAGCCUCAGCACUAGUUCCUGUAUAAAAAGCAUUCGCAGGUUCGUCGUUCGUCGUGGAUCACCAGCUACUAUUUACUCCGAUAACGGAACGAAUUUUCAGGGAGCAAAUAGAUUAUUGCAGGAGCAGAUGGAAGAGCUAGCCAUUACCUUCACCAGCACUUCAACUAAGUGGAUGUUUAUCCCUCCCGGUACACCCCACAUGGGGGGCGCGUGGGAGCGCAUGGUGCGCUCAAUAAAAAAUGGCAUGAACGUUGCGUACCAGAGUCAUGCAAAAUUGGAUGAUGAAAGUUUAGAAACACUGGUGAUAGAAGCAGAAGGUAUAGUGAAUAGUCGCCCGCUCACAUAUCUGCCAAUCGCCUCUGAAGAAAGUGAAGCAUUGACCCCGAAUCAUUUUCUAUUAGGCAGCUCAAAUGGGGCUCACCAGCUAGUGCCUCAAUCAAGAAACAAUGUGGCCAUAUUGCAAAAGUCUUGGAGUCAAACUCAAUUGCACUUGGCCACCUUUUGGAGGAGACGAGGCGAUCAGAAGCACCUGGGAAAGAGGUCGAGUUGUCGAAGUCAUCAGAAGCAGUGA